AUAAUGUCAAUGUCAAUUUCAAACAGUCUUUUUUCAUAAUUUUUAGAGUUAAUUUUUUAUUCCCGCCCAAUUUAAUCCUGGUAUAGUGGUAUUUAAUGAUUUUUAUGAAAUAAUUUCCAAACAGCAUCUAAGGCAAGAACAUAAAAUGUGGGGAGACUUUUCAAGAGGAAACGAUUCGUCAGCCGGUGGCUUCUUAAACACCACAGCUAAUCAAGAAACCACUGAAAACAAAGGGGGUGUUAAAAGAUCUCAAAAUGUUGUACCAGUGGUAAUCCAACAACUUAGAAACUGUAAAGAUGAAGAUUUCACAUUAUUUGGAUCACCAGUUCAAAUAAUUAAGUUGGUUGGAAUUUUAAGAAGUGUUGAAAUAUUAUCCACAAAAGCUACUUAUACUAUAGAAGAUCACACAGGUUCUGUUAAAGCCAUCCUAUGGUUGGAAAAUGAUGGAGAUUCUGCUACAAAUUUACCAAGUGUUAAAGAAGACAGCUAUGUUCAAGUUUUUGGAUCUCUUAGAAAUCAAGAUAAUGAAAAAAUGAUUAUGGUUCUUAGAAUGUUUCCUGUAGAUGAUUGCAAUAUAGUUACUACCCAUUUGUUAGAAGCUAUUUAUACCAGAUUGCAAGCAGAAGCUGACAGCAAAAAAAUGGAUAUUGAUAUAAAAGUCAAUAAUCCUGGUGCAGCUUUGGCUAACUCAAUGAGCUUUGUUGACCAAUAUGAUACUGGUACAUCAGGAUUAACUCCAAUACAAGAAAAGGUAUUCAAGAUUCUUCAAACAGAUCAGACAUUAAACGGAAUGAGCAGGAAUACUUUACUAUCUAAUUUCCCUCCCAACCAGCAUAAACAGAUCAAUGAAGCCUUGCAGUUCUUGAGCAAUGAGGGACAUGUUUAUUCCACACUUGACAGUGACCAUUUCAAAGUAACUACAAUGUAAAUAUGCUAGUUUUAUUUAUCAUUGUGUUAAUUAUUAGAUAAGUUUUUUAAAAAUCUGUAAACUAGUAAUAAAUAUAUAAGUUAUUUUUGUAAAUUA